AUGCUCAGCGACCAGACCUUCCCUGGUCCGGUUUCAAUGAAGACCGAGUUCCCAGAGCCGACCUCUCCAUGGUCUGCUGUCUCAUUAGCAGAGCUGAUUGUGGUGAGCUCGACAUCGGAUUCAGUGGGAGAGUCUGCUGCGGUGAUCAUCUUACGAACACCCGCCAGACUGGACAUGGCGGAGACCUCGACAAACGGCCUUGGAGUCUCGACUCCAUUGACAGCAUUGGGCCCGUACCAGACAGCAAAUUUGAAACCGGGGGUGGGAUUACCACCGUUCGGCUCCAUGAGUUCGCUUUCAGGCGUGAAGAGUCCGCAAUCGUGGGUACCAGAGGGUCCAGAGACAAGCCGAUCGCGAUCGCCUAGUUUCCAUCCAUCUAGCCCGAGCAAGCCACCGCCGGCAUGUGUGGUCCGCACCGAUGAACAACGAGAGCGAAGCAUCAAUGCAACAAGAUACAGUCCGUACGGAUCACGCCCGACACGGUUGACUCGCAUGAGUGUGGCUGCUGUGGUGAACGAAAUUUCCGCAAGAUCUUUCGACUCGGGACCCGUGGGCACUUCGGAGUCAGUGAGCGAUGGAUCGGACAACCCAGAUGGAGUGAAGCUCUCUGGGUUAUUCGCUAUGCCAGGACUAGGGAGGUCUUCGGCCAUGGCCAGCACAGCUUCACUCACGAACCCCGUCCCAAUCAAGCAGUUAAACCGGGCCGGUUUACCCACUCUUCGCACCGGUCUACGAUAUGUCAGGAACCCAAUCCGUCGUCCCAACUGGGGAGAAAAUUCCAUCGCAUCGACGGCCAUCAUCGGAUCCGUCUCGCAAGUGCCGCCUCACUCCCCAGAUUCGUUGCGUGGUCAACAAGAAGACCAAAUUCUGCGCACAUUCGGGGCUCGUGGUAUGGCCGAGGCCAUUCACAUCCCUGCGGAGCUGCACACGACGUUCAACCAAAGAGGUUGGAUCUGGUGCGACGCAGGACUGAUGUUUGUCCGGCUCGACGACGGCCUGUCAUACAUGGUCGUGCCGCGACGAACCAUGCCGCAUCUGGUGGCCAACAACAUGGGGCCCACGCGGAACCGGCAGGUCUGGAGUCUUCCACAGGCCUGGCACCUUCUCGAGCAAGCGAGUGACAACAACGAGACUGUGGUGGAGGCGCGUCGGGCCAUCCGGACUCUGAUCGAUCACGACUAUGAGCGGGUCUGCCAUGAGGUGGUGGUUCGGCGGAUGAGAUCGACACAUAGCGCGUUGGUCGUGCUCCAUCGGUAUUUGUCGGAUCGAGGUCGGAAUGUAUAUGUGCGCACGAAUCGACUUGGGAAUCUGGCGCCGAGGGGAGAGGUAUUGCCACAGCGGUCUUCUAGAGGCGUGGCGAUGGACCUGUCUCCAGGAAGGCCAGAUUUGGCCGGGACGCCGUCGUCUUCUGUGGCCGGGAUAUCGUCGUUUUCCUUAGCAGCCUCUCCGGCGGGAGCAAGCACAACAGCUACUCCGAAGGCACCGAUGAUGUGGUCAGCUCCACGGCCGGGACCAUCCACAGCAUCGUCCUCGGCGAUAUUGUCCUUAGGUCCCAAAGAUGCAGCGCCAGAAGAGAGUGUCUCGAUCGCCACAGGCUGGAUUGUCCGGAUCGAGCUAAUGUCGUGGCUGGACCAAGCUGACCACGGCCUGUUCGAAGCCACGAUCGUAUGGCAAGUCGGCGACACUCCGGCCUGGAACUGCAUCAAGCUGGAUUUUGCCGAGUUUGCCGACUUGCAUCGUCAAGGAGUGUUCUUUGUGCACGAUAUAACUGAUGGAGCGACAGCGCGGAAGAACAGUGGACUGGGCGACGGGGCGUGA